UUUGGACAUAUUGAGUGUUUAUAAACUGUUCAUAUUUUAAUUAAGAUGUGGUAUUUAAAAUGUUAGCUGAAAAUAACAUUCAAUGCAUGUUCGCUUAACAUGAAUUGCUGCCAAUAUAAAUGAGAAACAAUUGCUAUACAAAUUUGGCUUGAUAAUAGGGUGCCUAAUUACAAAUAAGAAACAGUGUAGAUAACAUUAUCAUUAGCCAUAGGUAUUGUUUUGCUAUAAAAUGGAUGAGAAUAUGUAUGAAAACGAUACGGACGGGAAACAAAACGAUUCCAUUGUAACAAUAGAAAUUGGUCCGCAUUUUACUGCCGUGUACGUGAUGUUAUCAAUAGUGUUGCUCAGUAUUGCGGGCAACAGCCUCGUUCUGUUCUCCUACCUUCGAGAUCGUAGACUUCAGGUCAUGUUUAAUUUGUUUGUUAUGAAUCUGUCAGUCGCCGAUAUAAUAAUCAGCGUGUUUAUCAUCUUAGAAAUACUCAUCCUGUUUACAAAUGUGAACGUUUUGAUUGGUGGAAGUAUUUUGUGUCACAUGUUUGCAGUGGUCAUCAACGCCAUCCCCCUCGAGCAGCUCCUAAUUGGCCACCUUAUGUGCAGCGACAGACGGGAGGCCAUCCAGAGAAGACUCAAGUAUGGCCAGAGGUCACAGCAGUGCCAGGCCGAAGCGCUCAAGCUGGCCAUCACAUGGGCCAUCAGCUUCGUCACGAGCUUCGUCCUGACCAAUAUGAUGACUAUUUUUAGAAAGUCUGAGUUCCGGUAUUGCUUCCUGCCUGACCGUUUGCUCAUCAUCAGCAAAUUGGCGUACGUGUAUGAGAUAGUUCUUUGCUGGCUGCUCUUCUCCAUGCUGAGACUAGUGCAUGAGUUCAGAAAACUCCGCAUGAGAAGGCCCUACAUCUUUCGACUGUUUGACAUGGAACCGGAGUUCGGCCGCGUCUCCAGCACGCACAGUGGGGAACUGGGCAGCAAACUCUCAUCCCAGAGCCUGAUCCCUCGCAGCCCCAUCAGCCUGUUCAGACACGAGGAACCCAUCAUUCAGUCGUACGCCAUGAAACUCAGGAACGUGGCACCAAGCGUGGUGCCGAUCCUGGAGCCGCAGGCUUUGUGCAAGACUGCAGAUCUCUCGUCAACGCAUGCGGAAGAUGCCGUGCAGUCCGGAAUUUCAAAAUCUUCACCAAAAUCUUUAAAGUUUUAUUCGUAUCAGUCGAUUCCGAGAAACAGGAGCGAGAAGUGUAGCGGACACGUAGAAGAGAUGGAGAAAGUCGAGAAACUUGACAGCAGUGAACUCAAGCAAUUCUUGCUGUGGAACAAAGAAGAGCUUCAGUUUUUUCCACACGCCAAGAUUGUUGACCCGAUGUGUGGAGUAGAAAUACAAAACUUGAAUCAGCUCGAGGAAAACACAGUUGCAGGCAAUGGGUCGUUGGAAAACAGCUGGAGUAAACCGGAAACAGAAUCAACUUUGGGGAAAAAUCAACUGCGCAGGUCAUCGAUUUUUGAGCGUGGCAAAGGCGAGUCCCGUAAGUCUGUACGCAUCGCGGAACUUGACGAAAGUAAUAAAAGUCUGGAAUUGGAUGUAGAUACUGUGAUCCCAAGCGAAUGCUCUCCUUUGAACUCGUCGAUAUCGGAAGAUUACCCCACGGAUAUUCCUUUACCGCGCUUCAAACCAAGGACCGAUUCCUUGUACACGCUCAAGUCCUGUAUGAGCAUAUCUGAAGAGUCGUUGAAAGACGAGAGGACUGACCCGACAGAUUCUUUGCUGAUCGACGCUGAGCAUGUAGACACGACCGAGCCACACGCUGGGCGAGUGAAGGAGUACCAGCAUGAGACGAAGCUGUUCACCAUCGGGGAUGCCAACGAAGACGAGCUGAGCCAGGUGGGGAACUUGAAAACGUCACCAGAGAGCACGCUGGUCUCCUCAACGAACGCGCUAGCAGACGACAGCUCCCAGUGUUCUUUGAUAGCGUCCAUCCCAACACACGAGCAGAGUAAUGAAAGCAUCGAGAGCAUUCACCGAGAGAGUGACCCGAAGAUCAAUAUCCUGAACGAUGAUGCUUCAGGUAAAGUUGGGACUAAUCUCGAGAGCACCACGAUACGGCGAGAAGAAGUGGGUGAAUUUUUAAAAGAUGUUUCUCAUGCUUUUGUUUAUGGUGUGCUGCAGGCUCGCGAGGCUGAAGUUCUGGAAGAAACCGUUCCAGAGUCUACUUCCACGGCAAUGCCAGAGGGUAUGAGUCGCCCCAACACAAGCCUUCAACAAACACCCGGCAGCAUCAACCUGGGGGAAGAGAUCACUCUGCAAGACACGACGCCUGGUGUCCAAACCAGUGACCCAGCCUCGGCAGUUGAAGGUGAAACAGGCGGUGUCGACACCAACAACAGCGCAGGUCCCAGCAGCCUGACGCCAGACAGGUACCCCAGGAGACAAAGGCAACAAAACAAACCCCCUCUCAAUGGGACUCACCGCGUGGAAGAGUCCAUUCAUAACAAGGAGGUAGCAGAUGCCGCGAAGGAAUGGAUCACUUUCUACAACGUCCGGAAUGUACCGAAGCAGUACACGAUUGAUAGUCUAGCUCUGGAUGUUGGGUUGAGUGGAGUAGAGACGAUGGCGUCGACUAGUGAAAUCAGGAGCCUCUCCAAGUUGGUAGCUGAUCGCGAAGCAUCGUUGCUGAAAAGCAAAGUUUUGGAGCAGAUUUCUUUGAGCCAGUUAGAGCAUAAAGAGUAUGAUCGAAUUCAUUUUUUCAAACGCAAGGCAGACGAGACAGGGUUGAAACGUGGAUGCGAUGAGGUUCAGCAAGCUGUGGAUUCUUGGAUGGAGUUCUACAGCAUAGAUCCUCGUAAAUUUUCAUCACGCAACGUCAAAAGACUUGCAGACAACCACAGCUGCCAGACUGAUCCAACAGGUUUUGAAAAAUCUAACAUUGAAGAUCACAAAGCGCCUGAGAGUUUUGAAACCAAUCCAAGCUUGGAUGUUGAGAUUGAUAUUCAUGCAUCGUUUAAUGGAGGCUCGUAUGAGCAGCGUUCAGUACCCGAGAGGUGUGGCGACGCGCAUGACAGGAACCAACCAAUGGAAUUGUCAGCCUGUCAGGAAACCUUAGACAAGUUUGAAUUAAAAGGUGACAAAAACAAACGGCCGCUCGAACUCUCGGAAAUUUGUCUUCAGUUGAAAUCAUCGGACGAUGCGAUACUUGGGGAAUCCGCUACGUUUAUAAAUGAAGGAAAUGAUAAGUUUUCUCGGCAUGAAGGUAUGAUGAUGCAAGGAGAACCUGAUCUGGGCACCCAACAACACUCUGGUGAUCGCUCAGCGUUCGUUAAGUCUAGACCACCAUGUCAACCGUUUGAAGGGGAUGACUGGGACCAAAGCUUCUUCUUCGAUAGGGACCUGCAGCUUCCCCUCAUGUUUGAGGUCUCGAGUGAUGGCACUAUAAAGGAAAUAACCUCUCCGGACGCCCAAGAAGACCGUGUGGAACACUCAGAGCAGGCCAUGAUUUCUGGAGAUUAUAAAGGAGCCUCAGCACAGUCGCUGGUAAACAUGCAGGCAAAACCGACUAGGACCCAGAAAGAGAUUCUAGAGAAGUUAAGUAUGGGAAGACGGGCCUAUCUGGCUGAGCUAGGCUUGUAUGGGGAGGUUAUAGCUGGUCGCUUAUCGCUGAGUGAGGAUAUGAUCAACACAGAGGAAUGUAAAGUGUGUCCGCAUUGUAAGGAGAAGGGGGUCGAUGACACGAAGGAAGUGACGUGGAGGAUCCCGACCGAGGAUGUCUUUCUCAUAGACCAGAUGCUGAUGUGUGACAGUGAUCAGGGAGUACAUACGAACCGUACGGCAAAUAACCUGCUGGACGGAGGGGGCAAGUCAGCGGUUGGACGCCCUAAAAAUAACAACCAAUCAUCGGCGUUUUUCAUCACGGACAUCGAUGAUACGUUUUACGCAUUAUCCAACUCAUGA